AUGUCAAGAAUCAACAAGGAUAUAUUCACUCUGUUCGACAAGCAGGCCAAGGGCUCCAUCUCGAAGAGCCAAUUAGGCGACUAUCUCCGGGCGAUCGGGUACAACCCCACGAACGCCCUGAUCCAGGAGAUCGGCAGCCGGUUGCCCGAGCAGCUGACGCUGGACGACAUUGCUAGCGUGGAGCAGAGCCACGCCAAGGUGCUGGAGGCGACGACAGAAGGCCGGCUGGAGGACUUUGUGAAGGCGUUCCAGGUGUUCGACAAAGAGAACACGGGGAAGGUGACUGUGGGGGAUAUCCGGUACAUGUUGACGGGGCUGGGCGAGCGGCUCACGGACGACGAGGUGGACGAGCUGAUGAAGGGCGUGGAGGUCGAUUCCGAGGGUGGCGUUGACUACAAGAAGUUUAUCGAAGAUGUGCUGAGACAGUGA